AUGUUCAAAUUGGAAUAUCGUUCCGUGAUCAAAUUCUUGACCAAGGAAGGGGUCAGCCCGACCGAAAUAAAAAAAAGGUUAGAUGCCGUGUACGGGGAUUCUUCUCCGUCGUUUUCCACUGUAAAAGAAUGGAGUAAGCAGUUUCGUUUAGGGCGGGAGUCCAUCGAUGACGAACCUCGUUCCGGCCGGCCUGUGGAAGUACUCACCGAGGACUGUGUCAAGUUAGUGGAAGAGGAAGUUCUGAGUGAUCGAAGACUUAAGACUAAAGAAAUAGCAGCAAGAACAGGGCUUUCGAAAACUUCAGUGCUUAGGAUCCUUCAUGAACAUCUUCAUAUGAAUAAAGUUAGUGCUAGGUGGGUACCCAAACUUCUUUCGAGUUUGCAGCGAACUGAGCGAAAAGCGUGUUCUCAAGAAGUUUUAGACGCGUAUAGGCGUUACGGAAAAAGUUAUUUGGAGUCGAUUGUUACGGGAGACGAAACCAUGGUUCUGUACUAUGAUCCUCUGUCCAAAAGGGAAUCGAUGGAGUGGCGUCGUCAUGGCGAAAAGCCGCCUAGAAAGGCCAAGGUCACGCAAUCCACCAAAAAGAUAAUGGCAACGGUAUUCUGGGAUUGUCACGGAAUCCUAAUGAUUGACAUAGAAAGAAAUACCACCGUAAAUGGCAGUUACUACGCCACCCUUAUUGAGCAGUUACGAGAGGCGAUCAAGCAGAAGCGACGUGGAAAACUCAGUAGAGGUGUUCGGCUUCUCCACGAUAAUGCUCCCGUUCACACUGCUGCAGUUGCCAAAGCUGCUGUAGCAAAAUGUGGCUUCGAGGAAAUUCGCCACCCACCUUACAGUCCCGACCUGGCCCCAAGCGACUACUAUUUGUUCUCGAGACUUAAGGCAGACUUAAGGGGAAGACGAUUUUCUUCGGAUGAUGAAGUGGCUCAAGCGAUUUUCACCCAUUUUGAGGACAAAACUCCAGAUUAUUUUUUCAAAGGGAUAGAGAUGCUUAUCACGAGAUCUGCAAAAUGCAUUGAAAUAGAGGGGGACUAUAUCGAAAAAUAA